AUGGCAAUCUAUGGUGAGCUAUCUCUAUUGGCCUUUGCAAGACCUGGAGACAAAAAAUGGACUAGUUUAGAAAAUUGUCCUCUUGGAUUUAUCGAUCUCAUAUACUCAAAUGGUUAUUUAUUUGCUCUCCAAUCUCUUGGGAAUGUAGUGAAAUGUGAGAUAAAUGGAUCUCAUCCGAAGGCAAUAGAUUUUGCAUCACCACCACUAAAUGGGAAUUUUGUGGAGAGGAAAUAUCUUGUAGAUUUGUUAGGAGAACUACAUAUGCUCAUGAGGAACUUCGAAAAUAUUGGACCAUACAGUUCCCCACAAUCUAGAACUACUGAUUUUAAAAGCUACAAGUUGAAUUCAAGCAAUAUGCAGUGGGUGGAGGUUCAAAGUUUGCGAGAUCGAGCAUUAUUUGUUGGUAAUAAUUCUACAUUUGCUAUCUCAGUUUCCGAUCACCCCGAGUUUCAAGACAAUUGCAUCUACUUCACAGAUAACUAUUCUCUCUUUUAUGAGUUUGGAGGAGGAGGAGGAACUGAUAUGGGAAUCUUUAAUUACACAGAUCAUACGAUUCAACCAUGUUACCUAGGUCAUGACAUUAUUUCUGAUUUUUCUCCUCCACUUUGGAUCUCCCCAAAUCUAUGGUAG